CAAAUAUUGUAAUACAAUUGAAUUGUUUAUAGUUAGGGUAAUGCUAAGAAAAAUUGAAUUGUUUAAGUGUUUCUCCACCUAACGCCACUGUUAACACUCAAUACUCGUCUUCUUCCUUUCAUUCUCUCUCUUCUUUCUUCAAGCCCAUUACAUUCACACUAGCGAUCAAGUCAAUCAACGUUUUCAUCUUCUUGUUAUAGGUGUUUUGUUAAGAUCUACUUUCCAAGCAAUCCAUUUCCUGUGGAACUUGAAGUUGUUGGUUGGACAGGGGCAGGGGAGGGAGGCUACCAGCCUAGCCAACUAGGAAUUUGCCUCUAUGACUCUUCAUGCGCAAUCCACCUUGGAAACGUACUAUGAUAUCCUUCAUGUAAAAGACGAUGCAAGCUUUGAUGAGAUCCGGCAAAGCUAUAGAUUAUCCCUACUUCAGUCCCACCCUGAUAAAGUUCAUAAAUCAUUUGAAAUCCCAACUUCAGGUGAAGUCAAUUUAGAAGAUAGAUUCAUGAAGGUCCAAAAGGCUUGGGAAACUCUUGGUGAUUCACGAUCACGUGCUCUCUACGAUGAUAAGUUAAGAAGUUUGAGAUGUGAUGAAUUAGUUGCAGAUGAUGUUGCAUUGGAAGACAUGAUGGUUGAUGAGGAUAAUAACAGGAAAGAUUUGGAUUUCUGUUAUCAAUGUCGAUGUGGUGAUUACUUUGUGAUUAGUUGGCCUGAGUUGGAAGAAAUGGGUUAUGAGCUGUGUAGGGAUCCCGAGGAUGAGAUUUCUGUUCGGGCUGUUGAAGGUUUGCCGGGUUCUGUGAUUCUUCCCUGCUGUUCAUGUUCGCUUAAAAUUCGCUUAUUGAUCAACACCGAUAGCAGAAUAAAGCUUUAGAAGUUGCAGAACUCUUCUUGUUUGACUCUGAAUUCUCAGUAUUUACCAUUUGAUGAAUGUCAAUGUCAAUCCCUCAUAAUGUAAUUUGGUGAAUUUUGAAGUCAACUGAGUUUGGUCCUGUUUUCUUGGUUAUCUGAGUAACUAUAUAGCAUAUCUUGAAGCAUGAGUUGUAUCCCAGGUUAGGGGGCAAGUUUUAAUGGUUAUAUGGAGAUUUCUUGGUCCUUUUCCUAUUA